AUGAAGAAACAGGUAGCCAAGGUGAAACCUAUUCUCGCUCCUAGGGUGGAACAAGGUACGCGGAACUUUAUCUUAAAUUUUUUUUCAGGUUCGGAAUUAAUUGGCCUUCUGGUUAUUGAGCUCUGCAAUGUUGAGGCACCAAAAGCUUGUGAAUUGUUCACACAGUAUUGUACAUUUCAUAAUACCACUGAAAAGACAAAAAAUAAACAAUAUUUGUAUAAAAACUCUCCCAUAAAACGCUUUACAAGUACAGGUAUACAAACUGGCGAAGUCACACCACCACCAAAAGUAGUCCCUAUAACUGAUCUCGAAGCUGAAAUUGGUCGAGUACCUCAUCAAGUAGGUGUACUUUCUCUCUGCAGGUCCGUCAAUUCAUUUGACGGAUCUCAAUUUUUUAUCUGCUUAACUGAUGAUGUUAAUGAGAUUAGUUACCUGAACAGUUAUCAUAUCGUAUUUGCCCGAAUUGUCGAGGGAUUAGAUGUGCUUCCAAGAUUAAAGGAAGCAAUACUUCCCUAUGUUCGAGACGAUGGCGUUGUAGAUAGUUCGUGUCCUGUUUGUCUUUCAGAAAUUUCUGCGCAAGCAAACGAAUAA